AAUUUAUGCUUUCGAUUAAUGAAACCCCGAUCUCUCCCAUGCAGAGUUUCUACAGGGUGGAGCAUGUUUGACAUAUUUUGAUUUGUUGUAAAUUGUAAUCUGGUGUAUCAACAUGGUUAAUAAUUCGGAAGAUGAGGAAUUAUGCAGUAAACCCAUCGGAAGAGUGUCCGUGGUUUACUAUGGUGUUGGCCACAUGCUCAAUGACAUCACAUCUGCUUGUUGGUUUACUUACCUAUUAGUGUUCUUGACAGAUAUUGGAUUGUCCCCAAGGGAUGCGGCCAUAGUCAUGCUGUCGGGUCAAGUUGCUGAUGGAUUUACAACCAUAUUUGCAGGGGAGCUGAUAGACAGGUUUGGACAUUUCAAAAUAUGGCAUGGUGCAGGAUCAGUUCUGGUCGCCGUUUCCUUUUCUUCUGUUUUUGGUGGUUGCCUACCUUGCAAAAUCUUUGGGACUAAUUCUUCUGCUCUUCAAACGGUUGGUUACAGCAUGUUUGCUGCAAUUUUCAAUGUGGGUUGGGCUGCUACCCAAGUUUCACACAUGUCUAUGGUUAACUGCAUCACACUAAAUCAAACAAGCAGAGUUGUGCUAGCUAGUUGUCGUAAUGCUUUUACAAUGGUGGCAAAUCUUAGCCUAUAUGUAGUUGCUUUGGCUGUGUUCAAUAUAUAUAAACCCAAGACACGUGUUGAUAUUGAAAAUCAGUACCGGUGGAUUGCGUAUUUGUCAAUUUUUAUUGGAUGCUGUUUUGUGGGCAUAUUUCUUUUUGGAACCAAAGAACCAAGAUUAAACAAAGAUACUCAAGGAACAAUUAAGCAUAGGAUUUUAUGGACGCACUGGUUUAAGAAAGUUCUGUACUAUCAAGUUGCACUUGUGUAUGUUCUCACUCGACUAGUAACAAAUGUUUCCCAGGCACUUCUUGCCUUCUAUGUGAUUCAUGAUCUUCAAAUGGUUCAAUCAUCUAAAGCUCUGGUACCUGCCAUCAUCUAUAUUUGCAGCUUUGCAAUAUCUGUUAUUCUACAGGAAAUCAGAUGGACAGGCCAACGUCUCAAGGCUUUCUUUACUGCUGGUGGCGUUCUGUGGAUAUUUUCGGGUGCAGGAAUCCUUGUUCUUCCAAGUAGCAUGCAUGGUUUUAUGUACCUUCUAUCAGUAACUAUUGGUGUGGCCAAUGCUUUAAUGACAGUAACAGGAGUGAGCAUGCAAAGUGUUCUAGUUGGAGAGGAUCUCAAUGGUUGUGCAUUUGUUUAUGGGUCAUUGAGCUUCUUGGACAAAAUCUCAUGCGGGCUUGCUUUAUAUGUUCUCGAAUCCUAUCAGAGUGAAUACCUUAUCUCUUCCUCUCCUAGUCUUCUGGGCUGUCCUUCAAUCAUAGGCUGUUUGUCGAUUACAAGAUAUGGAUUGGGUCUCAUUCCCGCAUCUUGUGCACUUCUUGGAUCAGUAAUUACAUACACCAUGGACCUUCAUACACCUGUAGUGAAACCUUUAAUGGAGCCCCUGCUGACUUGAGUUGAGGUAAUAAACUUCCCGCUGACUGAAUGUUGAGAUGGCUCCGACGGUUUGCCGGAAAAAGUGGCAAUAAGAUGGAGUUGGUGCAACUGUGGUAACGGUUCAUGUUACAUGAUUCAAAAUGGAAGUUAAAAGACAUAAAGAGGAUUUGCUGAUGUAGAGAGAAAGUUGUGUUUCCUCACAAACUCAAUAUGUGCAAGAUUUUUUUCUCCAUCUUUGUCAGUUUAAAAUUGUUAUGGCUAUGUACAGUUUCAGCCAUUGUGAAAUCUUCAUUUAUUAGAUGGUCCUUUUCAGUUCUCACCACGCAUAGUGACAAACACCUUUAACCACUUCAUUAUGUUAAACCUGGAUCAACCAGAGAUCAUUCCCUCCAUCUCUUGCACCCAAUUGCAGAGUGGUAAUUUUUUUGAUGA